AUGUAUCUGAAGGUGCCAAAAACCAGCUUGCCUAUUCAAGAAACUGGGUUAGAUUGCUCCAGCACAGUUGUCAAGCAGCUGAACAGAACAUACACAAAACACCAAGAAAAUGCAUCACUAAAGUAUGUUGUUCGGUUUGCGAUGGUAGUUGGAUCGGUUGAGCUCGGUGUCAUUUUCAUAGUGCGGUGCUUUUUUAUAAGAACUCACCGGAUCUCAAGCGCAGGUACGCAAAAUCACCACAGAAUUACCACUGGUUUCAGAAAAUUCACCCUUUCAGAGCUAAAAAAGGCGACGCAAGGAUUUAGCAAAGAGAUUGGAAGAGGUGCUGGAGGAGUUGUUUACAGGGGCAUGUUAUCUGAUCAUAGAAUAGCAGCCGUUAAGCGACUGCAUGAUGCUUACCAAGGAGAAGCAGAGUUCCAGGCAGAAGUUAGCACAAUUGGGAAACUUAAUCACAUGAACUUGACAGAGAUGUGGGGAUAUUGUGCAGAAGGAAAGCACAGGCUUUUGGUAUACAAGUACAUGGAGCAUGGAUCCUUGGCAGAACAACUCUCUUCCAAUUCACUUGGUUGGGAAAAGAGGUUUGACAUCGCAGUAGGGACUGCUAAAGGCCUUGCUUAUUUACAUGAAGAAUGCCUAGAGUGGGUUUUACAUUGUGAUGUAAAGCCUCAGAACAUACUUCUCGACAGCAACUACCAGCCAAAGGUGUCAGAUUUUGGAUUAUCUCGGCCACUGAAAAGAGGUGGCCAAGGUAACAAAGGCUUCUCAAAGAUAAGAGGAACUAGAGGUUACAUGGCUCCGGAGUGGGUUUUCAAUCUGCCUAUCACCUCGAAAGUGGAUGUUUAUAGCUAUGGCAUGGUAUUGCUGGAGAUGAUCAGUGGAAAGUGUCCAGCAGAGGAGAUAGAGAACAGGAGGCUGGUUACAUGGGUGAGAGAAAAGAUGAAGCAAGCUACUGAAAUGAGCUCUUGGAUAGAAAUGAUCAUAGACCCCAAAUUGGAAGGAAAAUAUGACAAGGGUAGGAUGGAAAUCCUGUUUGAGGUGGCUCUAAAAUGUGUAGCUGAAGACAGAGAUGAGAGACCAACAAUGAGCCAAGUAGUUGAAAUGCUUUUGCACCAGGAAAAUGAUUCUGAACUUGUCUAAUCCGCUGUAAGCAUAUAAUAGUCUUAAUUCGUGUGUUCUCUAA